GUACAUAUAUUCGUAACUAAAAAGUUCAAUUAUAAUGUUUUGUCAAUAAUAAUUUCUAGUUACUGGAGUUAUUAGUAUAGGUGUUUAAAUUCUGGUGUUUAAAUUCUGGCCUAGUCAUCAUUACAUGAGUAAUCAUAUCGCCAAUUUUUUAAUCAUAUGUGAUGUUGUGACAUAAUAAUGACAAUUAAGUAUUAUUGCAACCGCACAUGCUUGAGAUCUUUAUAUCACUGAAGUAGUUUAAUUCAGUGCCACGCAUCGGCGGAAUCAGUUCUCUGCUUGCUGUGUUUCCCGGGGAACCAAUUUCAUGCAGGACCCGAUCACAUGCUGGUACCCUGUUAAUUUUGUUGCGCUGCACCAUGCCGACUGACACCAAGCGUUUACGCGGCCCAGAAGUGUCCCAAAGUCCGUCUUUGUUUGUUUGCAAACAUGUGGCCGUUCUCCCGUCGCGCGGCCCCAGAGCGGACGGUCGGCAGCGGGAUCAAGUGGACGUCCGGCCCGUUUUUGUCCGGUGCGGGCUGGUGAGCCAGGCUAAAGGGUCCGCGUACAUCGAGGCCGGGAGCACCAAGUUGAUGUGCUGCGUGUAUGGCCCCAAAGAAACAGAGCGCAAAGAUGAGACUGAUAUGAAAUGUGGAAGAUUGACAACUGACAUGCGUUUCGCUCCAUUUUCCUGCCUGGAGAGGGGGUCAUGGAUUCAGGGGAGCCAGGACAAAGACCUCUCCCUGAUGCUACAUGAGAGUCUGCAGCCAGCAGUGUGCCUCCACAAAUACCCCCGCUCUCAGAUCGAUGUCAACGUGAUGGUUCUUGAAAACAGCGGUUCAGUUCUGGCCCAUGCAGUCACAUGCGCUUCUCUCGCUCUUGCAGAUGCAGGGAUCGAAAUGUAUGAUCUGGUGCUUGGUUGUUCCAUCCGCCAGGAUGGUGCCUCUUAUGUGGUUGACCCUUCUUACACAGAACAAAACAGCUGCAGUUCAGUCAGCAGCGAGAACGAGGGCAGUCUAACUGUUGCGUUCCUCCCCAGCCUGAACCAGAUUUCUGGCCUGCAGUCAGAUGGAGAAAUGACUGAAGAGACUCUGACAGCCGGGGUUCGGACCUGCAUCGAGGGAUGCUAUAAACUGUACCCAGUCAUCCAACAAGCCCUGGCCAAGGCUGUGCGCAGGGCUGCUCCUCCACCAUCAGAGAGCUGAAAGACUCUUUAACCAGUAUCUGCUCAGUUAAUAGUUUUUCUAAUUUACAAUUUACAGUCCUUACUUUGACAAUAUAACCUAUUUUUCUAUGUUUGCAAUUAUGUUCUCCAUAUGAUAAGACUGAUUUAAUUGUGUUUUCUUAUUAAAUAAUUUAACAAUU